GAUUAUCCUGCAUGCUAUUAUCUCUUCGGGACCAACUCCACGAUCCAUCAUGGCAGCUCUCAAACUCGGCUUCAUGGCUCUAGCCCCAGCGCUAGCUGCCGCUGCUGAUAUUCCACUGUGGGGACAGUGUGGUGGUAUCGGAUGGCAGUCUGCCGGCUCGGCUUGCACUUCAGUAGCUACUUGCACGUCGUUUAACGACUACUACUACCAAUGCGUUCCCAAGCCCACCUCGGCUGCAGUUGUCACUACCAGCUCCAAGCCCGUAACCGUCCCCGCUACGCCCACGACAACCAACAAAGGCAGCAGCUCGACCUUUUCAACCUCCAUCAAGCCAUCCAGCAGUAGCACUGAAUCUACCGGCUCCAGCACACAGUCUAGCUUUGUGCCCGUCCCCACCUUUACCUCUGCCAAAUACCUCAUCUCCUUCGGCGACUCCUACUCCCAAACCGGCUUCGACAUCAACGGCUCCAAGCCCUCGUCCUCUAACCCGCUUGGCAACCCCCCUUUACCCGGCUGGACCGCCUCAGGCGGGCUCAACUGGGUCGGCUUCCUGGCCUCUCAGCUCAACACCUCGCUCACGCUCUCCUACAACUUCGCUUCGGGCGGAGCCACCACGAACGCCUCGCUCGUCGCGCCGUUCGCGCCCACCGUGCUCAGCUUCGUGGACCAGGUGGCCCAGUUCAGCGGGAGCAUUGCCAGCCGUCCUGCGUAUGCGCCGUGGAAUAGCGAGAACAGCCUGGUGGCGGUCUGGAUUGGAGUGAAUGAUGUGGGUAAUACUUGGUGGAUGAGCGAGUCGGAGAUGGAUGCGUUGUAUGGACAGAUUAUGGAUAGUUAUUUUGGACGGUUGCAGGUGUUGUAUGAUGCGGGGGCGAGGAACUUUGCGCUUUUGGGUGCUGCUCCCAUCUACUACACCCCUUCCACGAUCGGCCAGGGUGCCACCACCGUCGCUACCCAAAAGGUCGCCAUCGCCAAGUACAACUCUCUCCUGGCUUCUCGGUUUGAUGCCUUUCUUGAGGUCAACAGCGAUGCCACAGGAAAGGUCGUCGAUACCGUGGCGCCCUUUGAGACGGCCAUCAAGAACCCGACGGCGUAUGGAGCGCCCGAUGCUACUUGCUUCAACGAGGACGGCGUGAGCUGCUUGUGGUUUAAUGAUUACCAUCCUGGUGUGCAAAUCCAGAAGUUAGUCGCGCAGGCGGUUAAGAGUGCCUUUACUGGUACUUUCUUCUGAUGUUGUGGAUGGAAUGCGGUAGUUAAUCGGAAAAGAAUGAAAUGGUUGGUGAUGAUGCCGGAAAGCCUCGGCGGCAACAGGGGCUCCGGCCACAUAUGGAGGUGUCAUGGUCACUCACUGUAAAUAAGAUGGAGAUCAAGUCAGCAGUACAUACCAUAACUCUUUUGACAUAUGUCUGAGCCAGCUACCAUCGCGAAUUAUCGCCGGGGCGAGUGCAAAACACGAGUGUCGGAUGUGGGAGACGCAAUGACGGAAACUAGGCGCAGCCUACCAAGAAAUCUUCAACGAGAGAGCCAGGGAGUGGAUUCCAAGGCAGAGUCAGCCAGCAAACUGACCUUGGAACUUGGAAGGGGGUUGAUAGAGGACCCUAGGC